UCCUGAGCUGCCAGAAGCGGGAAGGGGGGGGGGGAAGCGGCGGCAAAAUUCCCAGGGGGGGUCUUGGGGGGGUCCUAACCCCCCCUGCCCCCCCACCCCCCAAGGUUUGGGGGGUUCUCGAUCCCAGGACCCUCCUCGGUGAAGUUUUGGGUUGAAAUCGGCGGAUUUUAGGACUUCUGCGAGUUGGGGGGGGGGAGGCCGGAGUUUAUUUUCCCCCCCCCCCCAGCCGUGUCCAGGGAGGCCUCCGGGAGCGGAGCUGGAGCCGGGAGGGGGGGCGCCAUGCCCUGGCGGCUGCGGGACCCUGCAGUGGCUCAGCUCUUCCACAAGGGGGACCCCCAGGAGCUGUUCGGGGACCUGCGCGAGAUUGGCCACGGCAGCUUCGGGGCUGUCUACAGCGCCCGGGACCUGCACACCAAUGAGGUUGUGGCCAUCAAGAAGAUGUCCUACAGUGGCAAACACUCCAAUGAGAAGUGGAAGGAGAUCAUCAAGGAGGUGAAGCUGCUGCAGAGGCUGCAGCACCCUAACACCAUCCAGGGCAGAGGCUGCUACCUGCGGGACCACGCGGCCUGGCUGGCCAUGGAGUACUGCCUGGGCUCAGCCUCUGACCUGCUGCAGGUGCUGAAGAGGCCUCUGGAGGAGGUGGAGAUCGCAGCCGUCGUCCACGGGGCCCUGCGGGGCUUGGCCUACCUGCACGGCCUCAGCAUCAUCCACAGGGACGUCAAAGCUGCCAACAUCCUGCUGAGUGCCCAGGGCCAGGCCAAGCUCGGGGACUUCGGCUCUGCCUCUGCCUCCUGUCCUGCCAGGUCCCUGGUGGGGACUCCCUACUGGAUGGCCCCAGAGGUGAUCCUGGCCAUGGAGGAAGGGAACUACGACGGCAGAGCUGACGUCUGGUCCCUGGGCAUCACCUGCAUAGAGCUGGCGGAGCGGAGGCCUCCCCUGUUCCAGCUGAACGCCAUGAGUGCCUUGUACCACAUCGCCCAGGGCCAGCCCCCAGCCCUGCAGCCUGCCCACUGGUCUGCUCCCUUCCUGCUCUUCGUGUCCUGCUGCCUGCAGAAGCAGCCCUGGGCCCGGCCCAGCUCCGAGAGCCUCCUCCAGCACCACUUCCUGCAGCGCCAGCGCCCCCCAGAGGUCCUCCUGGAGCUGCUGCAGAGGACCAAGGAGGCCCUGAGGGGCCUGGGGCAGCUCCAGCGCCGCCGACCCCAGGAGCUCCAACUCCAGCAGAGCCCUGGAGAGGAGGAGGAGGAGGAGGAGGAGGAGGAGGAGGACGAAGAGGAGGAGGUCCUGGUUGACUUUCUUGGACUUCCUAAAGCUUUUGGUUGA